AUGCAUUCAAAAACAAACACCAAAAUCCUACACGGUGAUGUCAAACCAGCAAAUAUACUUUUGGAUGAUAAGUUUGUCCCCAAGAUCUCGGACUUUGGCAUAUCAAGGUUGAUUGCGGGAGACAAAGACCACACCGGAAAAGUUAUCGGUGACUUGAGCUAUAUGGAUCCAGUAUAUCUACAGCCAGGCCUGCUAACUGAAAAGAGUGACGUCUAUAGCUUCGGAGUGGUGUUGUUGGAACUUAUUAGUAGGAAGAAGGCCACACAUUCUGACAAUAACAACUUAGUAAAGAGCUUCCUCGAAGUUCACAACAACGAGAACAGAGCAACCAACUUGUUUGACAAUGAAAUUGCGGCAGCGGAAGACAUGGAGCUUCUUCAAAAUCUGACAGGAAUGGCAGUCGAGUGUCUGAACCUUGACGUGGAUCAAAGACCAGCGAUGGCAGAUAUAGCACACCGCCUUCUAAUACUGAACAAGUCUCGUAGAUGGAGCAAUCAUCGUCACAUUAGCGUAUAA